ACUCAACAUAUACAGGACCAAACAACAGGGCAGCAGAAGAUUUAAAAAAACUGAGCAAACUCGCUCGGUGGUCCGCACGUUGUUAUCGUAAAUUAUCAUGGAGCAGGCUGGUAAUUGGACAAUGUAUAGGAGUGGUGGAGCUGAGUCGCGAAGCGGAGCCAGCUUUUGAGCGAUCGAGUCGCUGCCCGGGACUUGCCGGCCAUGGGCGUGCCGGUGGCCCUGGGCAGCAGCAGUGACGUCAUUCCAGCGCCCGGGGCUGCGGCCGCGGCCGCUGCGGCGCCAGCGCCGGCGUCGCCUCACGCACCUGCUCGGCGCCCCGGCGUCGAUGGCGCGGGAAACGGACUCCAGCAGCCGCCGCCACAGCAGCAGCACCUAAAGGCAAUGGCCGGGGUGGCAGCGCCGGCUGUGCUCCCGUCAGCCUUGGGCGGCGACGGCGACCUCAGGCACGAGCCCGGCCAUGGGCUUAGCGCGGAGGGGAAGUACGCUGAUCCCGACGUCAAGGAAUUAAGCGACGGCAAUGGAGCCGGGGCGAAGGGCGGGGAAGAGGAUGAUGAAUAUGACGAUGGCGACGACUGCGCAAUGGUGGUGGCCGAUAGGGACGGGGACGGGGAGGACGACGGCGGCGGCGGGCGCAGCGGCGGCGGUUACGGCCAGCCUGCGACGCCGGCGGGUGUUGCGGCGCAACUGGAUGACACGUUGCAACACGUGGAAAGCGCGGGACGGCCGGAGGACUGGUGGUGGGCGCUGGACACCAGCCGGCGGCGGCUGUCGUACAGCGUGUUUGGCCGUGGGCUGUGCGGCCGCAUGGAGAAGCUGCUGACGGGGACGGGCUGGCUGCUGUUCACCGUCACCAUGACCCUGUACUGCCUCUACGCGGUGGACAUCUGUGACGCGGCCGCAUCCAGCGAGGUGGCGCGCCUCGUGGUGUCGGGCUUCCUGUUGGCGUUCUUCAUCACCUUCAGCCUGGAGAUCAUCUGCAGCUGCCUGUUCGUGGACAAGUACCUGUUCAGCUUUUUCUUCUGGGUGGACCUGCUGGGCACGGCGUCUCUUAUCCUGGACAUUACCUGGAUCGCGGACGCCAUCAUCAAUCCCGCGGACACCAACGCGCUGCAGAUCACUCGGGCGGGCCGGGCGGCGCGCAUCGGCAGCCAGAUAGGCCGCAUCACGCGCGUGCUGCGUGUGCUGCGCCUGUUCCGCGCGCUGCGGCUGCUCAAGGUGCUGCAGCUGCGCAAGCGGGCGCACCGCGGCAUGGACCCGCACGGCCUGGGCACCGGCCCCAUCCGGCCCACGGUGCUUGGCGAGCUGCUGGCGGAGGCCACCACCCGCAAGUGCGUCAUCAUCAUCCUGUUUGUGCUCAUAUGCGCUACCUUCCUGGAGACAACGCCGCCCUCGGCCGCCGACUACUCGCGCAUCCAGCUGCUGUCGUACGGCGUCAUGACACCUGAGGCGUUCGUGGACGACGCGCCGUACCCCAUACUGCUGCUGUCGUACCUAAACGCCACGGCGGGCAACGGCAGCAUCGUUGACUUCAUGCAGUACGGCCGGUCAAACAUGCGCCUCAUAUACCAGCUGCGCACCGAGGUGGAGUGCAUCGCCUACGUGGGGCCGGAGGAGCAGGACUGCAACUUCCCCAGCAACUGGAGCAACAUCUGGUACGACGUCACCAACACGGUGCAGGUCAAUGCGGCGCUCAACCUGUCACUCACCACCAUCAUCAUCCUGGCGCUGGGCCUGUCGGCAUUCUUCUUCGGCAAGGACGCCACCACCUACGUCAUCAUCCCCAUCGAGACCAUGCUCAAAUACCUCAAGCGCAUGAUCAUGGUGGGUGUGGACGGCGGCGACAACGACAGCGAGGGCCCCCACGUGCGAAAGCCGCCCGAGACCGACCUACUCGCCAACUACGUCAGCAGACUGGUCAACGAGAUCGACAACGCGCGGUGGAAGGCCGAGGAGGAGGCGCGCAUCAGCGACACACUGCUCAACAGCAUGGUGCCGCCGCGGAUAGCGCUCAGGCUCAAGGAGCUGCGGUGGUGGGAAGCGGGGCCGGAGCAGCGCGCUCAAACCAUCGCGGACACCUUCCAGCACGCCACCGUGCUGUUCACGGACAUCGUGGGCUUCACCACGCUGUCCAGCCGCAUCAGCGCCGAGGACGCCAUGCGCCACCUCAACAACAUGUACACCGUGUUCGACGAGAUCGUGGAGAAGUACGGGCUGUACAAGGUUGAGACCAUCGGCGACAGCUACAUGCUGGUGGGCGGCGCGCCGGAGGAGCGCAUGGACCACGCCCUGCGGGUGGCGGCGGCGGCGCUGGAGAUACGAGCCUGCGUGCCGCUGCUGCAGGAGAUCAGCGGCGAGCCUGAGAUCAACGUGCGCAUCGGCAUGCACAGCGGCAGCGUCACGGCCGGGGUGGUGGGGUUCAAGAACCCGCGCUGGCACCUGUUCGGAGACACCUGCAACACAGCCAGCCGCAUGGAGAGCACGGGCAUUGCGGGUGAGAUCCAGCUCAGCUGGACCACCUACGAGCUGAUCAAGGAGCAGUAUGCGUGCAAGGUCCGCGGCAAGAUCGCGGUCAAAGGCAAGGGCGAGAUGGUCACGUACCUGCUAGAGCGCGAGCUGACGGCCGGCGGCCGGCCGGACUCGCCCACCGCCGCCGCGGCGUCCGGACACGCGGGCCCACUGGGCGGCGGCCCGGGCGGCGGCGGCGAGGCCAUGGACCGGGAGGCCUUCCUCACCAGCCCGCAGUUCAAAAAGGCCAUGGAGCGCCACACCACUGCCCGCAACUCCUUCCUGGCGGAGGAGGAGGAGCUGUGCAAGUUGCUCAAGUCGCUGGAUGAGGCCACCGCCGCAGCCGCGGCGGCGGCCGCCGGCCUCGCCUCACCCGCCGCGCCGGGCGGCGCAGCCGCCGCAGCUGGCGCCGGAGGUGGCGCCGGCGCCGGUGGCAAGGCGGUGUCCACGACUGCGGAGGCGGUGGCGGGUGCGGGCGUGGUCGUGCCGCGGCUGGCGGCGGGGCUGGGCACGGCGGCGUUCAAGCAGCUGGUGCUCACCCACGCGACGCCGUCAGACCUCAAGGCUCUGGCGGUGCACAUGCACGAGGAGCUGGGCAUUGCGCGCGCCGUGAUCGGCGGCGCGGCGGCGGAGAAGGCGGCGGGCGUGCGGCGCGACAUGCUGCUCAAGCUGUACGGGCGGGUGCUGGAGGCGCCCAACAUGACGCUGAGGGACACCUUCACCUGCAUCCUGGACGCCCUGUACAAGGUCAUCGAGUGCGACGUGAUCAAGCUGUAUGUGGUGGACCACGCGCGGGGGCAGCUGUGGCCCGCCAGCAGGCACAGCGUGGCGGACGCAAACAGGACGCUGCCUCUGGACGGCACGCUGGCUGGGUGCGCGGUGCGGCGGGCGGGUGUGGUGCGCGUGGGCGACGUGGCAGCGGCGCCGGACUUCAACACGGAGCUGGAGGAGCUGCCGGCAGGCUACACCAGCAAAUCCAUGAUGUGCGUGCCAGUCUUCUCCAGCCCCUACGGGCCGCGCGCAGCCCACCGCGCCGCCGCCGCAGCCGGCGGCGGAGACCAGUUCGCGCCGCGCGACCAGACGGGGCCAGCCGCCGACGUCGUGGCGGUUAUCGUUGCGGUAAACCGUUGGACGAGCUGGGACGAGAGCGCGGAGGAGGGCGAGCGGCACAUUGUGCCCUUCUCCGCCGCCGACGAGGAGUCCCUGCGAGACGCCGCCGCCAGUGUUGGGCUAUUACUGAUGCGGCGGCGCGGCGAGAUGCUGCUGGCGGCGGCGGCGGCGGGCGCCGGCGGCGCCGGCGGGUUGCUGGCGGGCGGCAGCCUGAGCUUCGUGGCGUCGUUGCCGGCGAGCGUGGCGCGACAGCGGCUGCGGGGGGUGGCGCGGCGCGGCAGUGGGGCGUUGAUGGACCUGCGGGUCAACCCCUGGGCGCUGAAGCAGGAGGAGCUCAUGGGGCAAGUCCGCGACGUGCUGGCAGCGCUGUGGCGCCACUGCGGCGCCGUCGCCGGCCCCGGGCCGUGCGCCGCCGUGCUAGCCGCGCUGGGCGGCGCCGGCUCUGCGCCCGCCACCGCCUCCGGCCACAUGCCUUCGCUCACCGGCGCUGCUACAGCCACUGCAGCUGGCAGUAGCAUCUCUGGCGGGGCCCUUGCCACUGCUACUGCUGGUGCCACUGCUUAUGGGGCGGGCAGUGACGAGGCGCUGGUGUCCUUCCUGGUGCGGGUGGCGGCGGAGCAGAGCGCGGGCCAGUACUUCAACCUGGCGCAUUCGGUGGGCGUGCUGCAGGGCUUGUAUGCCACGCUGCGCACGCACCCCGAGCUGGCGGCGGCGCUGGGGCCGCAGCAGCUGCUGUCCCUCAUCCUGGCCGCCUGCCUGCUCAACAUCGUGCGGCAGGGCGAGCACAUCAGCGGCAUGGCCGGAGCCCCCGGAGGCGGCGGCGGCGGCGCGCCGGCGGCGCUGGGCAGCGGCGUUCCCAGCUUCAGCGGCAGCAAAGGCCGCCUGCGGUCGGGCCUGAGCGGCAGCAGCUUUGCGGCCUCGUCUGCGGCGCCGUCGGGCCGGCACGACGACGCCAGCACGGGCGGCGGCGGUGGGGCUGGGGGAGGAGGCGGCGGAGGACUCUCGCGGCAGGUGCUGACGAUGACGAUGCCUAGUGAACACACCUCUGAGCCGGCCGUACACCGUCUGGCCAGCAGCAACCGCGCGGUGGUGGUGGCGGCGGCGGCGUCCGCGGCGGCGGCGCACCAAGCCGCCUCCAUGCGGCGGGCAAGCCCCUUCGCGGCCGCCGCGGGCGCCGCCGCCGCCGCAGAUGCCGGCGGCGGCCGCGCGUCCACAGACGAUGAGGCUCAGUCGAAACGGCAGCGCAGCGGCGCCGGCUCAGGCAGCGGCGGCGGCGCGUCUCUGCCGCCGCAGCCCUCCAAGACGUCCUCAAAUGGCAGCCUGGCGCGCAUCUCGCCGUCGCGGCCCUCACCCACUCGGCCGUCACCGCCGCGGCCACCGCUGCCGCAGCUCGGCACGCCCCCCGCCUCCACCUCGGGCUCCACGGCCCUGGCGGCGGGCGGCAUCACGACCUUGCCAUCGGUACCGCAGGCGCUGGCGUCGCCGUCUCCGGCCGCCGCCGCUGGUCCGGACGGGGUGGAUGACGAGGACUGCAUGCCGCUGCCGCCCAUGCGCGGGCCCUCCGCUGUGCCCGCCAUGGGGCGCAACCUCUCCCUGGCCGCCUCCACCCUCUCCUCCCUUCCCUCUGGCGCCUCAAGCUCCUCCAGCGCCGUCGCCGCCAUCGCCGCCGCGCAGGGUGCUGCAGCCGCCGCCGGACCGGGCACCACGACCACCCACGCCACCAACACCGCGCAAGCACCCCUGGCGGCACCGUCGCCAUCGCCGCUGCCGCUGCCGGCUGCAGGUCCCAGCCGCACGCGCGGCAUGAGCGCCCGUCGGGGCCGCCUAGCCAGCUUGGUCGAUGACAUCCUGUCUGGCGAGAGUAACAUACUGGCGGGACUGCCGGCGGCGGACGCCGCCGCCGUUCGCGCCGCGGUCGUCAGCCUGCUGGCGGUGCGGAACCAGUCCGCGCUCGUGCUGGCCAUGGCGGGUCUGCAGCCGGCGCCGGCGCCCGCGCCGGCGCCAGGAGGUGCGGCAGCGGCAGGGAGCGGGCCGGCGGCGACAGCGACAGCGGAAGCGCUUCGAACGGCCGAGGUGCUGAAUGCAGCGGCGGCGGCCGCGGCAGCGGGCGCCGCCGCCGUCAAGGCAGGGCCGGUGACGCCGGCGGCGACGCCGGAGCAGGCAGGGACGCCGGAGCAGGCAGGGACGCCGCGCGCGGGCGACGCCAGCCACUCACCGCUCCAGGCCAGCACCGCGGAUGCAUUACUGAUGCUGCCUCAGCCGCCGACGCCGAUAGCCACAUCCACAGCAACCGCUGAGGACGCGGCGGCGGCCGCCGUCGCCACCACCGCCGCUGCCACAGCCAACGGGUCACCUGGCCCCGACGCUAAUGGCGAGCAGGCGAAGGCGGCUGGCGCGCCGGCAACCACAGUCGCGCCCGCGGCCGCCGCGGAUGGCGGCGCGGCGGCGGGCAGUGUCGUGGGUGGCAGCGGCUCAGUCACGGGCGAGAUGGAUACGGGCGAGAUGGACAGCCCGUACGCACGGGGGCCGCCGUCGCCGCUGAGUCUGCCGGCGCUGCUGCAGGCCGCGGAGGGCGACCCCGCCAAGCUGGCCGAGCUGCGCUCCUCCGUCAGCGCCCUGCUGCUGCUGACCUGGUCGGAGCUGCAGCACGUCAAGGACACGGGCACGGCGCUGUCGCUGCUGCUGGCGCGCGCCCACGACGUCCGCGCCUGGGCCGCCAGCCGCCUGGCCGCAAACGUGUCCAGCCGCAGGCGGAGCAUCGUACUGCUGCAGGGUGGCGGCGCCGAGGAGUCGCCCGACGACGUGGCCAAUCUGCUGCUGCUGGAGGUGCCGCGCAUGCAGCUGGAGGUGCUGCCGCUGUGGGGCCGCGCCGCCGAGCUGCUGCCCGGCCUGGCGCCGCAGCUGGAGCAGGUGCAGGCCAACCGCGCCGCCUACGUCGUCAUGCUGCAGUCCGCCGCCGAGCACGGCGGCGGCGCCGCAGGCGGCAGCGCCGCUGGACAGCUGUCCGGCGGCGCCGGCUAUGCCGCCGGAACCGCCUCGGGCGGCACCGGCUUCGCCGGCGCGGCCGCCGCCCGCGGCGCCUCUGGCCGCGGGAGUUUGCUGCGGUCGCUGGCGGGCGGGCCGUCGGGUAGGGAGCCGCGGAAGUUCAUAUCGGUGAAGCAGCGCGUCAGCGCCGGCGGCGGCCUGGGCCGCGGCGGCGGCGGCGGCGGCGGCGGGCUAGGCGUGCUGCCAAGCGGCGACAGCGGCGACGACGCGGCGCUUGGGCCCGGCGGUGGCGUGAUGGUGAUGGCCGGGCGGGUGGGCAUGGGCCCACGCGGCCUGCCCUUGAUACGCGCCUCUAGCAGUCGGUCGUAUGCUGGUCGCGGCGGCGUUGACGACGAUGAGCUGGAACUGCCAGUGGGCGUGGUGCCGGCGGCGCUCGGGCCGGCAGCGGCGGCGGUGACGGCGGUGCGCUUUGGCAGCGGCGUCAUUACCGGCAGCGGCGCUGCCGCUGGCGCGGCAGCGCCGAUGCAGGCGGCGGCGGCGGCUACGGCGGCCGCGUCGCGGCACGCGGCGAGCAAGUCCGUGACGGUGGCGGCGGCGGCGGGCUCGGCGUUCGCAGCCAUUGGCCGUCUCGGCUCCAUGCCACGAGGCCCCGUCAACGUGCCGUCGCCGCUGUCGCCUGCCGCCAUGACGGACGCGCGGUGGUCGGUGCCCGGCAUACCGCCGUCGCCGCACAUGCUCUCGUACGUGCCUCGCUCGCAGGCCCACGACCCAGUCGCGCUGGCGGCAGCCUCCGCAGCCGGCGCCGGCGGCGCCGGCGGCCCCCUGGCGGUUGAGUCGACGCGGCGCGGCAGCAUCACCAACCGCCUCAACAACUUCUUCACCUCCUUCCGCGCCAGCCGCCGCCACAGCCGCACGCUGAGCCAUGCGGGCGCCGGGGCCGCUGGCGGUGACCAUGCCAUUGCUAUGGCCGUGGCGGCGGCCGCAACGCCCUCGUAUGGCGGCAGCUCUGUCGCCACCGCCGGCGGCGGCGGCGGCGGCGGGACCGCCGCAACCGGGUCCUUUGUGGUGCACAUCCCUCACGGCGCCAUGGAUGCUGGGUACGGCGGCGGCGCCUAUGGCGCCGGCGGCCCCGCUAGCGGCCUGAUCAGCACGACUUCGCAACAGCUGUUCCUCACGCCGGGGGCGCCGUCGCCGCUGGGGCUGGCGGCGCAGGGCACCGGCACGCUCAGCCACACGCCGUCGCAGCGGGUGUCGUACGGCGGCGCCGGGGCCGGCGGGCCGGUGAGCCACGGCGGUUCGCAGGUGCCGACGCCGGUGCUGAUGUCACCCAUGACCUCUUUCCGGUCGCCGCUGACGGCGGCGGCGGCCGCCAUGGCCCCAGGCGGCGGCGCCGGCUCGCUGGCCGCCGUGAGCAUCGGCACUGCUGGCUCGCAGUCCAUCAGCCUCUCGCCUAUGGGUUCACAGAUGCUGCCGCCGCCGGGCGGCGGCGGCGGCGGCGGCGCGGGCGCCGACGGCGCGGCGGUGUCUGUUAGCGACCUGUCGCACUCGCUGUCGGCGGGCAAGCGCGAGAAGCUGCGCACGCGCAUCAUGAAGAAGGUCAGCAACGUGAUACGUAUGGGAGGUGGCGGGGGCGCCGCCGCCGCCACAGCCGCGGCAGCCGCCCCCGCCGUCGCUGCUAGCGCCCCGCUGCCGACCGCCACGCUAGCGGCGCCGCCGCAUACCGUGCGGGCGUCGCCUCGGGUGUCGGAGUCAGGCCCGUACGCCCCGGCAUCGGUGGCAAUGGCGGCGGCGGCGUCGAGCUCAGUGGCUCCGCCCGGCAUGAUGAGUGCUCAGAGCACAGGGACGGUGGUGGGCCUGGCGACCUCGUCGCAGCCCCUGGUAGACGCAGCCCAGGGCAGCUCCCAGUACUCUCAGUCAUCGGGGCCUGGGCAGCAGCCGGUGGCUCCGCCGUCGGCGCCAGUCGGCGCGCCGUCUCCGUCAACCUCCGCGCCCGCCAGCGCCCUGUCCCUGGCACAGCAGCACGCGCAGCUCGCGGCUACCGCGGCGGCCGCGGCCGCAGCGUUUGCCGCCAGCCAAGCCAACGCCAACGCCAACGCCAGCACCAACGCCGCCGGCAACGUAGCCGUUGGUCCUGGUGCUGCCGGCGCCGAGCGCAGCAGCGGCGGCCGCCGCGCCGCGCUAGGUCGCGGGCCGUUCGUGCCAGAGUUCGACUCCCUGCCGCCAGGCCCCACCUUGUCGCUGGUGUCAGGCAUGGGCCACGGCGGCGUGCUGAGCCCUGUGGCGGAGCUGACCAACUCCGGACGCAACUCCUCCACCGCCGCGACACCGCGCACGGGGUCCACCGCCGCAGCCGCAGCCGACUCGCCGUUCCCCGGCGGCGCGGCGGCUGCCAGCGGCCCCUCACGGUUCGCGCAGGCAGCGGGCUAUGCCGACGGCAGCGCCCAUUCCGACGGCGCCCAGUCGUCCGCUACGCCGCUGGGCACGCCCUUCACCGCCGUGUCCAUUGCGUCCAGCGUCGCCGCGGCCGCCGCCGGCGGCCCGAGCACAACCGGCGGCAGCGUGGGCAUGCCAACCGCCCGCGGCGCCACCGCCGCCACCGCCGCCGCCGCCGAGCUGGCGCCCGAGCUGGCGAGCGCCGCCAAGGGCUCGCACACAGCUGCGAAGGGCAUCAUACUGGGGCUGCGACUGGCUACGGACGCGCUGCUAUCGCUCGGUCGCCACGAUGGAUUGGAGGCAGAUGGCGGGCACCACCACCAGCCGGGCGCAUCGGCUAGGCACGGCGGGACGGGCUCAGGUCCGGCGUCGGGUGUGGUGGCGGCGCUAGCAGCGGCCGGUGUGGCCGGCGGCGCCGGCGGGGCUGGCUCCAGGGGGAACUCACGACUGGGCACGCCGCAGGCCUCGCUGCGGCACGGCGGCCAGGUGCCGGGCGUGGGCGGCGUGGCGUCGCUGGCUGCGGUGCUGGAGAUGGCGGAGUCGGCGCUCGCAAACCGCGCAGGAGGAGGAGGAGGAGGAGGCACGCUCAGCGGGCGGCGAGAGCGGCGCUCCAGCCUGGGCCAGGUGGGUGCCAGCGGCUACGGCAAUAUGGGCGCGAGCGGCUACGGAGACGCCAGCGCAACUGGAUACGCACCGCAGCCUGGCGGCGGCGGUGGCGGUGGAGGCGGAAUGGGAGAAGUCGUUGGUGGCGCCGCCGGUUGGGGCGGCGGUGGGGGCGGCGGCGUUGGCUCCAACGCACCCAGCCGGAACGUCAGUCUCCGGCGUGGCCCGCUGGCCGAAGCGGCGGCGGGGGCGGCGGUUGGGGGUCCGCCCACCCCCUCGUUGCUUAGCCCUCGUGGACUGGACAACCCAAUCGCAUCGGUGCCGGCGCAGAUGCCUACGGGCCCUGUCUGUACUGAGGAGCUCGCCGCCGGCAGCGCCUCCCACCCACGACAACAGCAACAACAGCAGCAAGGAAGCGCGCCCCGCGAGGGCGGUGCGCCCGGCUCUCGCUUCAGCUUGCGCCGUUCCACGGGCAGUCGGAAGGAGCGGAACGGCGACGCGGGCGCGGAGUAGGCCCGGCCGGCGUGGCUCCGAUAACACCGCGUGCCGCCGCGCAAUCGGUUGUGAGUGCGGAAAAGGUGGUGCGGGUCGCGGCUGGGCUGGGUGAUGAAAUUCGUGUGCAUGUGCUCGUAUGAUGCGUGGUGCGUGUGUGUGUGCGCGCCCCUCUUUGUGCGGCUGCUGCGCCCAUGGGAACGUGCAUUCGCGCUACGCCGCUGGUGCCGCUGGCGUUGCAAUCUCGCUGGCACUCAGUGUGAAAGAAACCUGGAAGGCUCAUGGAACACACGGACCUACACGGAUGAAAGUCUGCGCUUUCGGCAAACUUGCUUGGGAGACGGGCUGCAUUGGUGGUAUGGUGGAAUGCAGUCUCGUCGAAGGGCGCAUACAUUCACCCAAACUGCAUCGACCAUUGCUUGCGCACUGGGGUGUUCGUAAUCCACACAUUUGCACAGCGAGGGAAAGGCAUUUUAGGAUUUAAGACCAGGCAGUUGCACGAGUGUUCGGGCGGUGUCAGAAUCGUGAUUCAUGGCUCUGGGCAGCCAAGGCCUACGCCUCACAGCUUGAGUAGCCAAUUACCGGCUGGCCGGGCUUCAGCUGCUGUGUUGGUGAUGAUGGUGGCAAUGAUGAUGUGCACAGGUCAGUCGUUGUUGUGAGUGCGGUAUGCAUGGGUUUCGGGUCGUUCUGCUCGCCAAGAUUGUUAAGCGUUGUUUGAGCGCUCUGAAGCCCAGUGGGUGCAAGGUGCUGCGCACGUGAUGGCUGAGGGCCAGGGGCUUUCCGGAUAGAGUUUUGUCUGCGCGAGGCCCCGCACUGUGGCAUGUAUCGACAUGAGUACAUUUAGGUAACUUUUUGGGUGGUUGGAAACCGGUACCCGGAACGAGUACAUAUGGUAUCAACCGGGUCCGGUUGGCUCGGAUUGCCACUCUCACAUUCGUGGGAAAUCUGCGUGCAAGUAUUGACUGCUCGCGUGCUUUGAGCCCCUAGAUUCCAUACACGCCCUAUCAUAUCUCGUUCCUUAUGCCUUAAUGCCUUUCAUGCGUUUUGAAGCCCAGUCUGUGUUGGGCCACACCCAUUCUCCGGUCGGGGGCGCCGAUGCGUGUGUGCCCAGUCUCGCCCAUGGGGCCCGUGCGUGGGGCACGCCGGCAGAAUCUCCGUGCAAGAGAGUGCGUGAGUAGGGAGGGGCGUGCAAUUUAUUACGUCAACACAAUCUCCGCGCACGCGCUCAUAAUGCUGGCGCAUGCAGGGCAGUGACAGAAGCUGCAUAGCUUUCGAUGAAGGGCCCACGUGAUCCCCCUUCAAUGAAACGUGGACGAGCCUGCUCCUACCGUAGUACGGUAGGGAGUGGUGGGGCGGGGAGAGUCACAUCGCAGCCGAUGGUGCAGUGCAGUAAGCGGCGGUGUGGGUGGCGUGGGCGGCUUCUGUUUGUUUGCCGGCUUGAGUUGUGGGCCUGUCGUGCAGGCACUCGUCGAGUAGCUUGGUGGUGAGGGGACCGUGCGGAUGCACGACGUGGGCCAAGUCUCAGACACGCCAUGCCGUGCCGUGCCUGUGUAAGAACAAUGUUCG